UGGUUUGCCAGAGAAUCCACUAGUCUGUUAGAGAAAACAGUUAGGCGAGGAAGGUUCAUCAAAUUGUUCGUAAUUUUUCGAAUUUUCAUCGCGGUCGAUCUCAACGAAAUCGGAUCGGGAAGAAGUUGCACGAGUCCGAGUAAUUCGUAUGUGCACCGAGUGCGUUCGAAAAGAAAAACGGAAAAGAGUAAGAGGAUUCUAAUGGAACGUUUAAAUAAUUAUUAUAUCGUGGAGAAUCGUAUCUCAUCGUUGGUAUCAUGCUCGAAAUUGCGAUGUUGAGUACAAAUUUUUCAACAAUUGCCGGUUACAAUUGAUCGGCUCUUGUACCAUUUAUCACGAUAAUAAGCGAAGUAAUAAUCGAUAACUGUUUCGAUACGUCACGACGUAUACGUGAAAGAAAGUGAAAAGAAUGACAAGCGUAAAGCAGUUUGUUCGCUAUGCACGUAGACUCGGCCAGAUAUCAGAGAGCGGAACAAAAGUUGUAAACCGGUUUGUGAAAUAUGCGUCUACUCAAGCUCAACACAAAUUCAUAGAAGAUGAAAAUGGGAAAAAAAUUUUCCCUUCGCCGUUUGGGGAUUUCACUCCUUCCGAUAGCCUCGUUCAUGAAUACGUAUGGAAGAAUGUCGAACUGUUCCCUAAUCGCAUUGCAUUGGAAUGUUCGAUGACCGGGAAAAAAUACACGUACGCUGAAGCGAGAGACGCGAGUAAUUAUAUCGCUAGAAGUUUGAGGAAUAUGGGUUUGAAGAAAGGUGACUUGGUGGCCCUAAUAACGCCCAAUUAUCCGGAAACGAUUUUAGCCGCAGUCGGUGUCUUAGAGGCUGAUCUUAUUCUCACUACCAUGAAUCCUACUUACACAAUCGAGGAAAUGAAGAAGCAAAUAAAGGAUUGCGAGGCAGCUGCGAUUAUUACAGUUGCAGAAAUUGCACAUAUUGUUCUUGAAGCAAGAAAAAAUACUUCCGCUUCACGAGGACCUUUCGUGGUUAUCGAGGAUGGUACCAGAUCUAUUCCCGAAGGCAGUGUGCCGUUUAAGGAUCUUGUCACACGAGGUAAAACAUUACCGCCUAUAACGCAUUAUCAAACGACCUCGAAUGAUCUAGCCAUAUUGCCAUAUUCCAGUGGAACGACUGGCAUGCCGAAAGGUGUCAUGUUGACGCAUAGGAAUUUAGUAAGUAACAUGGAAAUGGUGGAAUAUACGACGAAAGAAAGAAUGUGGCGACAUACAACUGCCGAUUUUCAAGAGGUAUUACCCCUAAUUGUACCCUUCUUCCAUAUUUUCGGAUUGAAUGCCGCGACGUUGCCUCGCCUCCAUAACGGUACAAAAAUUAUUACACUUCCAAAGUUCACGCCGGAAAUAUUCGUGGACGUUUUAACGAAACACAAAAUAACAGGUUUAUUCGCGGUACCAUCUUUGAUCACGUUUAUAAAUAUCUGUCCUUUGCUUAAAAAGGAGAUUUUCCAAAAUGUACAUCACAUUAUCACUGGUGCAACACCAUUACCGGAAGUGGAUGUGGAAAGAUUUUACGAAAGAUAUCAGAUAAACAGUGAUGACUUGAAAUUCUCUCAAGGAUACGGGAUGACGGAAACUUCACCCGUGAUUUGCUUGGAUUCGUGGAGUCGAAAAGCAACAAGUAUCGGACAAAACAUUGCCGGUUGCGAAUUACGACUAGUCGAUUCGGCAACGAACGAGGAUAUUUCUAUAGCUGGUCAAAAGGGAGAAAUAUGGGCCAGGGGGCCUCAUAUCAUGAAAGGGUAUUUAAACAACGAGAAGGCGACGAGAGAGAUGAUUGUCGAUGGUUGGCUGAAAACUGGGGACAUUGGUUAUUUCGACGACGAGUUUUAUUUCUUUGUCACGGAUAGAAAGAAAGAUUUGAUCAAAGUUAAAGGAUUCCAGGUACCACCAGCCGAGUUGGAAGCUUUGAUAAAAAGACAUCCAAAUGUUAUCGAGGCAGCUGUGGUUGGUAUUCCAAACGAAAGGUUCGGCGAGAUUCCUAAAGCUUUCGUAAUUCUCAAGGAAGGUACCAAAACGACAGAUGAUGAUAUUAAAAAUUUUGUAAAGGAUAAAGUGUCGGAAUAUAAACAACUCAGAGGUAAAACAAUUUUUUGUUUCGAUUAUAACUGCCAUUUAUUUUAUAUUUUUAUAACGAAUGACUCAGUUAUUAUGAUAAAUAAUAAUGAUGCGAUAAAUCGCACGAAUAAAGUCCAUAAUCUGGCGAUAGAUAAUAAAAAAAAAUAAUUUUUUAUUUCCGGUAAUUUAAUCCUAUUUUUAAUUAAUAAUGAAUUACCUGUUUAAUCCAACAAUUAUUAAAUUCAUCGAGUGCUUCAUAUUAUAUGUAUAUAUAUAUAUAGAAUAAUUAUAGAUCAAAGAUCAAGAUAUAUAUAUAUAUAUCUUGAUCUUUGAUCUAUAAUUAUUCUAUAAAUUAUUUCAGAAUAUUAAUAUAAUAAUAUAAUUGAUCUAUAAAUUAUUUCAGAAUAUUAAUAUUUAUAUAAUCUUUUUUAUAUUAUACGCUAUAUCUUAUUCAUAUGUAUUAUAUGUAAAUUAAUCAUACAUGUAGAAAUUCAUUAUUAUUUUUGCAUGAUCAUAAUUAAAUAUUUUAUCACGUGACACGAUGUGAUUGUAGGAGGAGUGACAUUUGUUGACAGUCUACCAAAGAACGCAAGCGGAAAGAUUUUACGAAACAAAUUGAAAAACGAGUACAAAUAGUAAAAGUUUAUGCUGAAGAUUGAAGAAAAAAAUUUCACGCUUCGAGGCCUCGAUUUACAAUUCGUACCAUAAUGGAAUCAAUUAUCGAUUAAGAAAGGGUACGAUUAAUCAUUUUUGUAUCGAUUGGCAUAAUGGCAUAUGAAUUAUUCAACUGUUAUAUUGAUAUAUGGUAAAAGAUAUGUUAGUAAUGUUUAUUCAUUCUUUGUGUAUAAUAUUGUUAUCUCAUAAGUGCUCUUACAAGUGUCUUAUUGAUUAUGACAAUUUUUAAAUAUUUUUACAUUUAUACAUAUAUAUAUAUAUACAUACAUAUCUAUUUUGAAAGAAUGGGUUUAGCAAACAUAUAUAAAUACCGAUGUACUUAUUAGAAUAUUAGCGGAAAAUAGCGGUUAAAAUAACGUGAUUACGAAGUGCAUUUUUAAAAUUAUACGUAUAUCUUUUUAUUUUUUAAAGUCAUUUAAUAUACACAAAUAUGAUCGGUUUAUCGUUGUUGUGCAAUAUUUGACAAUGCAAUUAAUUUUUAAGAUUAUUUUUAUAUAUUAAAUUUUAUCGAUUUUUAUAGAACAUUUGUACAAGAAAGUUACAGGGAUUUUAAACUUUUAAACAAUAAAAUGUUUUAUAGUUUUAUAGUUGUGUUAUAAAUAAUUGUUAUAAAUAAACACUUUCCAACAAGCA